GUUUAGUUGAAGCCCUACUAACUCAAACUCAGACUCAUUGAGUUAAGAAACUCAAACUAUAAACCAGAAAUUAGGUUUAGAGCCCUGCCAAUAACAAGCUUUUGGCCCCAAGAUUUUCUCUUGUGGUGUCGAGGUUGUCGAGGUAUAGCUAUUCGCUUAGCCAUGCUCCCACCCCGCGCUUUCGUCGACUUCACAUGCAAACCAUGAUGUCCUUAGCCUGAGUUUUCACAAGCUCCAUAACUCACAUCAUUAUUUAACGUCAAUGCCGCAAGAGUAUCCUGAGAAUUCGUAUCAACACGACCAUAACCGUUCCUCGACCCCCAAGAUCCGGAAUGUCACAAUGGAAAUCACUCUAGGGUUCCGACAGCUCUGGAUCGCUAUUUUGACUCUUCUGGCCGCCCGGUUUAUUAUACAAAAAGUCGUACCAUCACGUCUCGACUCGAAUUAUGCCCCGAAAAGCGGAUAUGAACUCGUGCCAGUCGAUUGUUUUAAUUCUAACGUGACUGCGACCGGCGUAGACAUUAUCCUUAUUCACGGCCUCGGGUCUAACCCAGAUACUACCUGGAAAAAGUUGGCUAAAAAUGAUUCUCAUAACCAAGCUGAUUCCCUGUCCCCAGGAAAGAACUAUGUCAACUGGGUGACCGACUUUCUCUGCGAAGAUCUCCCUCCCAACGUUCGACCGCACGUCCGCGUCUUCUUCUACAACUACGACUCAUACUGGAAAAGAGAUGCUAUUGAGGAGCGUCGCAGCCGACUCGGUCAGGAGCUGUUUGAGGAGGUUGCCUCAAUGGCGGUGAAGACCCCAGAGAGAAGUAUAGUGUUCGUCGGGCAUAGUUAUGGCGGCCUCGUAGUAAAAGAAGCUCUAAUUAAAGCUCAAUUUCUUCAAACAAGGCGCCCCGUCAACAUCUUCCAGCAGAUCAAGGCUCUUAUAUUCCUAGGAACACCACAUCGCGGCUCCGCUUCUGCUUCGCUUGCUGUAAAGGCAGCUCAAAUUGUUCGCGCUUUCGGCUUAAAGGCGUCACCAUCUAUCGUGGAGGCAAUAACCUACGAUUCUGUUGAGCUUCAGGAUAUGCACCGGCAAUUUGAGGCAAUUUCAGACCAUGUGCGGAUCGUCAACUUCUACGAAAAGCAAGAGACACAGGAAUUUUGGGGCCUCUGGAGUGGCCUUGUUGUCAAGGAGCAGUCUGCCACACUGGACCGACCUAAUGCGGAAACUAUAGGUCUGCAUACAGAUCAUUCAGGACUAAAUAAGUUCGCCAAGCGAGAUUCCAAUUACAAGAAGAUAAGAAACAAACUCGUUGAGCUGAUGGAGGCAAUCAUAAUGGGGACGUCAAGGCCCUGGAUACCCGAAGCCGAGAAGCUCUACACAGAAAGGAGCAGUCUUUCUGACGAUCUCGAAGAAAAACUCAAUAAACCGUUAAAGGGAUCAGACCAGGUAGCGCAUGCGGUGGCGAUCUUCGGUCUCGGGGGUACUGGCAAGACCCAAUUGGCGCUUAGAUACGCGGAAAGGCAUAAACUUCGAUACGACACCAUUCUUUGGAUCGAUGCGAGGAGUGAAGCGACGAUACGAUCAAGUUUUCAGCGAUGUGCUAGAGAACUGAAGCUUUUGACUGAGACGUAUAGCACAGUGCCUGAUCUGGUCGCCCUCAAAGAUGACCCGCCCGUUCGUAUUGUCCUAUCUUGGCUCCAAAAUAGGAAUCAGUUCCAUGGCGAAUGGCUCGUUAUUCUAGACAAUGCGGAUGACCUUGACGGCGGCUUGCGAGAUGUUAUUCCUUCCGGAGUACGUGGAAGUAUCAUCAUCACCAGUCGAGACUUUGAGUGCGUAGAGGUACUCCCCCUUGGAAGCCAGAAACUGCAGGUGGACAUCAUGAAGCCCUCAGAGUCAAUCUCUCUACUAUUGCGGCAUCUGAACCUCGGUGCCGCAGAAGUAACGGAAGAUAUCCGUGAUCUUUCUCUGAGCAUAUGCGAAAACCUGCAACACCUUGCUUUCGCAAUUCAUCUUGCGGGUGCUUAUAUUCAUUCUUGCUACAAAGUUGUGGAUCUGGAAGACGACGAGUAUUUGGAAAUCGAAUUGGAUCCAAAACCUUGCCUUGAGAGAUACUUGCAAGACUACAAAAACCACAAGAACCAAUUAUUAAAAGACAACAUGGUAAAGCGUGUAACACUAUAUAACCAAACUAUAUGGACGGUAUGGGAUACUAGUCUGGACGCCAUUGACAAGAUGUCUUCAUUCCCGUCGAGGCUUUUACUCACCCUCCUCGCUCACAUGGAUCCUGCCAAGAUUCAGGACGAAAUAUUCCGCCUUGCAGCUGAAGGCCUGGCCAAAAGGCCCAACAUGCGAACAGUUGAGCUUCCCCGGUGGCUUUUGGAGUUGUUGAGCGUGAAUGAAAAUGACCAGUGGGACAGGUUCACAUUCGAAGAGACCCUGAAACCACUUCGGCUUUUCGGAUUAGUCCGAUAUUCCAAGGCAAACUACCCUGGAGUCAAUAUGCAUUCAUUAGUGCAGUGGAGGGCAAAGCUUGAUUACACAUGCGAGUCACAACAGUCAUGGAACCUGUAUUAUUCCAUAUUCAUGGCAGCUGCGGCUAGCAAAGCCCUGUCCGAACCAGGAAAUGCACAAUUUUGGCAACAUAUGAUCCCCCAUCUUCCGCUACCUAAAGAUUCAUUCAUACCAGAGAGCAAAGCGGCAGGCAAUAUAUGGGUGAUAGGUAAGCUAUACUAUAGGGCAGGACGGUUAAGAGAGGCCGAAGAGCUGCUUGUGAGAGUGAUAGAGGUUUCCAAGAGGGUAGUUGGCGCGGAGCAUCCAGACACGCUGGCCGCCAUGAACAACCUAGCCUUGGUAUACAGUUAUCAGGGUCGAUUAAAAGAGGCCGAAGAGCUGUCCGUGCAAUUGAUGGAAGCUUGUAAGAGGGUGCGUGGCGUGGAGCAUAGAGACACUCUGGCCGCCAUGAACACUCUGGCGUUGACGUACAUGGGACAGAAUCGAUUGAAAGAGGCCGAAGAGCUGUUCGUGAGAGCGAUAGAGGUUUCCAAGAGGGUGCUUGGCGUGGAGCAUCCAUACACGCUGACCGCCAUGAGUAACCUGGCGUCGACGUACAUGGGACAGAAUCGAUUGAAAGAGGCCGAAGAGCUGUUCGUGAGAGUGAUAGAGGGUUUGAAGAGGGUAGUUGGCGUGGAGCAUCCAGACACGCUGACCGCCAUAAGUAACCUGGCGUCGACGUACAGUCUUCAGGGUCGAUUGAAAGAGGCCGAAGAGCUGUUCGCGCACGUUAUGGAAGCUCGUAAGAGAGUGCUUGGCGUAGAACAUUCAGACACGCUGACCGCCAUGAACAAUCUGGCGUCGACGUACAAGCAACAGCGUCGAUUGAAAGAGGUCGAAGAGCUGUUCGCGCACGUUAUGGAAGCUCGUAAGAGAGUGCUUGGCGUGGAGCAUCCAGACACGCUGGCCGCCAUGAGUAACCUGGCGUCGAUGUACAGUCAUCAGGGUCGAUUGAAAGAGGCCGAAGAGCUGUUCGUGCACGUCAUGGAAGCUCGCAAGAGGGUGCUUGGCGUGGAGCAUCCAGACACGCUGGCCGCCGUGAGUAACCUGGCGUCGAUGUACAGUCAUCAGGGUCGAUUGAAAGAGGCCGAAGAGCUGUUCGUGAGAGUGAUAGAGGGUUUGAAGAGGGUAGUUGGCGCGGAGCAUCCAGACACGCUGACCGCCAUAAGUAACCUGGCGUCGAUGUACAGUCAUCAGGGUCGAUUGAAAGAGGCCGAAGAGCUGUUCGUGAGAGUGAUAGAGGGUUUGAAGAGGGUAGUUGGCGCGGAGCAUCCAGACACGCUGACCGCCAUAAGUAACCUGGCGUCGAUGUACAGUCAUCAGGGUCGAUUGAAAGAGGCCGAAGAGCUGUUCGUGAGAGUGAUAGAGGGUUUGAAGAGGGUAGUUGGCGCGGAGCAUCCAGACACGCUGGCCGCCAUGAACAAUCUGGCGUCGACGUACAUGGAACAGCAUCGAUUGAAAGAGGCCGAAGAGCUGUUCGUGAGAGUGAUAGAGGGUUUGAAGAGGGUAGUUGGCGUGGAGCAUCCAGACACGCUGACCGCCAUAAGUAACCUGGCGUCGAUGUACAGUCAUCAGGGUCGAUUGAAAGAGGCCGAAGAGCUGUUCGUGAGAGUGAUAGAGGGUUUGAAGAGGGUAGUUGGCGCGGAGCAUCCAGACACGCUGGCCGCCAUGAACAAUCUGGCGUCGACUUACAUGGAACAGCAUCGAUUGAAAGAGGCCAAAGAGCUGUUCGUAAGAGUGAUAGAGGUUUCCAAGAGGGUAGUUGGCGUGGAGCAUCCAGACACGCUGACCGCCAUAAGUAACCUGGCGUCGAUGUACAGUUAUCAGGGUCGAUUAAAAGAGGCCGAAGAGCUGUUCGUGCAAGUCGUGGAAGCUCGUAAGAGAGUGCUUGGCGUGGAGCAUCCAGACACGUUGACCGCCAUGAGUAAACUGGCGUCGACGUACAGUCUUCAGGGUCGAUUGAAAGAGGUCGAAGAGCUGUUCGUGCACGUCGUGGAAGCUCGCAAGAGGGUGCUUGGCGUGGAGCAUCCAGACACGCUGACCGCCAUGAACAAUCUGGCGUCGACGUACAUGGGACAGAAUCGAUUGAAAGAGGCCGAAGAGCUGUUCGUGAGAGUGAUAGAGGGUUUGAAGAGGGUAGUUGGCGUGGAGCAUCCAGACACGCUGACCGCCAUAAGUAACCUGGCGUCGACGUACAGUCUUCAGGGUCGAUUGAAAGAGGCCGAAGAGCUGUUCGUGCACGUCGUGGAAGCUCGCAAGAGGGUGCUUGGCGUGGAGCAUAGAGACACGCUGGCUGCCAUGCCGUCCUCAUUCAUGGCAACGGGAUUUUCCUUCUCUGGCACAGAUACUAUGUCUGGACUUUGGAACAGAUUAUGA